CUUGUACAAGUAGCUUUCACCUUUUCGGAUUCUCAGCGAAAUAAAACACGAAAAAUCCGAGCAUCUCCGAGAAUAGAGCAACUCUACAAGGAAACUGCGAUAAAGCGAGCCGAAUCCGGGGUGGAGGAGCCCGAGCGCUGACGGUAUUGCGACGGUCCGGUUUCCACGUUUUGUUCCUGGAAAAAGUGCGCGCGCGCGGAGACAUGGUUUUUCGAUCGCCAUAUUGGCCUGAUGCGGGCACUGGCUGCACGAGCGAGAGAUAAAUAGCGUAGCAAGAGUGUAGAGUUUGUGUGUGUGUGUGUGGGUAUAUAUGGCGGAGGUCUUAUACAACGCCCUCGCACGAACGAUUAUCCGAAGUACUCGCACACUGCAGCUAUAUUAUUCGCAUACUGCGAAUAUAUAAGCCACAUAUAGACAUAUAUGUGUGUGUGUGUGGAUUCUACGAAUAUAUGUUUGAGAGCGAUGUACGAGGCGUUAUAGAGGAGAGACUGCUGGUCCUGCCUGCCGAAAAUAUACGUACGAAAAUCCCAUCGUCACGCACUCACACACGCACACAGGCAACGACACGCAACGUACUCGUACACUGUAGACUGUAUAGUCGGAGUAGACUGCCCGUGGCCGCGCAGAACGAGGGAGAAGAGUAUAGCAGCGCAGUAUAGCAGCAGCCAUAUCUUAAUCAGGAGCUCAGCAGAGCAGUGUGCAGAGUAGAACCAGAAGGACAAAGGGACGGACGCGUCCCAGCGCACGCAUGUACAUGAUUGAGAGGGCAGAUUAAAGAGACUGUAAAUUAAUGUUGUGACCAUGUCAAACGUAACAACAAUAAAGUUAGAGGGGAAUCAGGAGUCUGUAACUGAAAUACAGACCUACCUCGAAUCUUUUAAUAAGGAAAUUGAAGGUGGUACAGGGGAGCAGUUGCAGCAUGUACAAUUGCAACAAGUAGAGGGGCUUACAGGAGAAGAUGGUGGAACAUAUUUUGUUGAUCAAAAUGGCCAGUAUUAUUACCAAGCUAGUGGGGAUGACACACCUGUUCUUACACAAGUGCAGAUACAAGAAGUAAAUGAAGGGGAUGGUCACCUUGAGGAAGGUUCUAAUGAAGAACAGUAUCAAGAAAUAGAACAACUUGAACAUGUUGACACAGAUAAUAAUGUACAAACAUCAGACAAUCAGAUGGUUCUUAAUUCUGGGGAAGCCUAUCAAACUGUUACAAUUGUUCCAUCAGAUUCGAAUCCUGGAGAAGUGAGUUAUGUUCUCAUAGUGCAACAGCCAGAUGGUGAAAAGAGUGAAAGAAAAAUUGAAAAUGAAAAUGGGGAAGGUGAGGAUGGUGAGCAAGAUCUUACAGUCUAUGACUUUGAAGAUAAUGAAGACAAUGAUGCUGCUAUCGAAUCUGAGGUUGAAGACGAUAAAACAAAAAUUGUCAAAUUUAUUCCAAAGAAGUCUCAAACUGUCAGUCAAGCUCAUAUGUGCAACUACUGCAACUAUACCAGUCCCAAACGUUACCUUUUGUCUCGGCAUAUGAAAUCUCACUCAGAAGAGAGGCCUCACAAAUGUAGUGUUUGUGAAAGAGGUUUCAAAACUCUAGCUUCACUUCAAAAUCAUGUCAACACACAUACUGGAACUAAGCCUCAUAACUGUAAAUUUUGUGACAGCGCCUUUACAACUUCAGGUGAACUUGUAAGACAUGUUCGAUACAGACACACUCAUGAGAAGCCACACAAAUGUAAUGAUUGCGACUAUGCUUCUGUAGAACUGUCAAAGUUGAAAAGACAUAUUCGAUGUCAUACUGGCGAGCGACCAUAUCAAUGUCCACACUGUACAUACGCAAGUCCUGACACAUUUAAAUUAAAACGUCACUUGCGUAUUCAUACUGGUGAAAAGCCAUAUGAAUGUGAUAUCUGCAAUGCAAGAUUUACUCAGUCCAAUAGUUUAAAGGCUCAUAAACUUGUUCAUAACGUUGGGGACAAACCUGUCUUUCAGUGUGAACUUUGUCCAACAACGUGUGGCAGAAAAACAGAUCUCAGAAUUCAUGUACAAAAACUACACACCUCUGACAAACCGUUAAAGUGUAAACGAUGCGGUAAAACAUUCCCCGAUAGGCAGAAGCAACUUCUGAAGAGACACUGCAAUCUUUAUCACAAUCCUAAUUACGUUCCGCCGCCUCCACAAGAAAAAACUCACCAGUGUCCAGAGUGUGAGAGACCAUUCAGACACAAAGGUAACUUGAUCCGUCAUAUGGCUGUCCAUGAUCCAGAAUCAUCAUUACAAGAAAAACAACAAGCUUUAAAAAUGGGAAGGCAAAAAAAGAUUCAAAUAAUAGAUGGCCAGAGAGUAGAAGUCUUAACAGGUUAUGAAGAUGACGAGGACGAGGAAGAAGAAGAGGAGGAAGAGGAAGAAGAAGAUAUGAUGGCAGUUGAAGGAAGUGAUGGACAGCAAUACGUCGUAUUGGAAGUCAUUCAAUUACCAGAUAAUCAAGCUGCAGAGCAAGGAAUGGCAGUUGUAGCUAGUGAAGAUGGAGAUUUAGUAAUGCAAGAUCCACUGAGUCAAGAAAGUGGCAUUGUUGCUGAAGAUGGAGAUGAAAUUAUGGAACAAGAUGAAACUCAAGAAAUAGUUGGAUCACUAAAACUUGAGGAAGUACCAAUAACAAAGAAUCACCGAAGAAGCGAUCCUAAACUACAGAAAGAUAUGGAGACUUGCUUCGGAUUUGAUGAAGAAGACGAAGAAGAAGAAGAAGAAGAAAGUGGAGAUAUACGAAUACUUCAGGGUAUUUCGUAAUAAUAACAUUGAGAAAAUGACACCUCUGGGUAAUAGCUAAAUAAUUUUUUUAAACUGACGUGAUUGGUUAUUUGAAGAAGAAACGUUAUUAAAUUAUGAUGUAUAGAUUAUGUGCAGGACUUUUCAUUCAUGAAAACUUUCGAUCGAAUGAUUGAAUUUUUCCAUCCCACAAAUUAAAAAAUUUUGAUUAGUUUUACGUUUAAUCGGCAAAUUUUGUAAAAUCAGUGAAUUGUUGUUUAAAUAAUGAUGCACGUUGAAAAGUUACAAAAUGAAAUAUUAACAUAUUUUAGUGAAUUAGCGUUUUUCAUUCAAAUCUAAAUUAAUAGAUACAGGUGCUAUAAAUACUGAUAAAUAUAUAUCAUGUAUAUAAUUACGUGGCAUAAGUUUAAAUUAAAUUUUGUUUGGGUCAUUGUUAAAAAUUGAUUGAUUUUUUUUACUUGUAUAAAAAAGUAAUAACAAUUUUACGUGUAUAAUAAAAAAAAGAAAUUGUAAAUAAAUUAGAUCCCUCAAUGAGGAAGAAUACCUCUUUUUUAAACAUAUUAUGCAAUCAGUUAUUAAUAUAUAUUUAAGGGAAAUUCAAAUGACGUUUCUUCUUACAACUAAUCAAAAACAAUGUAAACAAGGUAUUGUAAGUAUUUACAAGUACACAAUAGAUACAAAUUUUCUCGAUUUAACGAGGAAGCAGUACAACUUCAAAAAAUGUAAAAUAAUUGACUUUCCUCGAAUUUAAGGCAAAGCGUUAAAAAUUUAUAUAUAUAAUUAUAUAUAAAUAUAAAUACUUAUAAGUAUAUACAUGUAAUAAUAUUACUUUUAAUGUCGCAGACAAAAUAUCAACGUAGAAACAUCGCAUAGUAUACGCGACCAUCGCGAUUGUUAUUUACGGAAAUUAAAAGAUGUUCAAUUUUUAGUUUAUAGUCGAAUUUUCGAAUUUCAUUAAUCGGGUGGAAAAACAAUACAAGGGAGUGUCCUAAACCAAUUAUAAUAAAUGGAUGUAUCAAUUUCGUUGCUUAUUGUAACCGUACUGUUGUAAAGCAGAAUCCAUAUGGAAAACGUUUGAAGAACUUGUAUUUAAGUAGGUAGAUUAUUUUAUUUAAGAGCUAAUAAACAUUUGUAAUUAGGCCACUCCCUUUUUGUUGUUAUACAUUGGAUUGAUAAUUUAAAAAACACAUUGUAAAUAAGCUUAUCAUGAUUUUUUUGUUUGUUAAUUUCAUGUAGAGUUUUUGAAAAUGCAAGUGUCUAACAAAUCAGAUCAGUCUUUGACACAUAAAUUAUCAUAAUCUUUUAAUUUAUACGUAUAAAAAAGAUAAUAUUUGCCAAGAAUGAAUCUUUUCAAUAUAGAAAUGUUCUUUCAUUUGAUUUUUGUACACUAGGGUUAUACUGUAAGUACGUUUGUUUGAGAUCAUGGAAUAAAUGUGUGCACACUAACAAAUCAGUCUUUUUAUUUUGCAUCAAAGUAACUUCUUUGAAAUAAUAAAUUCGAAGCAAUUCAGUUUUGAAAAUCGAAUCAUCGCAGAGCUAAUUGUUCUAUUUAAUAUAUUUCAAUGAGAUACAAAACUAAUUUGUAAUAAUUUUUAUGAAACUAAUGUAAGCGGAUAAAUUAUAACGAGGCAUUAAAAUAGCUAAAGUACUAUUUACAAAAUAAUGUUUAGGUGUAGAAGUCGUUCACGUAAUUUUUUCUUCAAAACGUCAACAUAUAGAAUAGAUUAGAAAUAUAUUAUAAAAGACAAAGUCCUGUUAACAAAAUGUAGAGUUUUCCAUCUAAAAAUUUGUCUUUUUAAAUAAGUUAAAAAUGAUUCAACUUCUUCGUUAAACAUAUGAAGAGAACAAUUUUUUUUUAAUUUCUAGAUGUAUCGAUUUAAGGUAAGCAAAAUGCAGAUUCUUUUGUUGCGAAGUUGUCUAAGACUCGAUAUUAUAAUACCAUAUGAUACAUACUUGAACAAAAUUUUAUCUAAAAAGAAAAUAGAAUUCAACAAAAAGCGAACAUUUUUUAGAACCUGUAAAAAGUAUGUGCUACUUUUUUACACGCGAAUAUGCCACUGACAUUGUACAGUUGUAAUUAAUAGCUAAAGUCACUGUCGAAUGUCGAUUUAGAAAUUGUGCACUUUCUUAUGCUGUUCCAAAAAAGCAGUGUAUUAUUUUCUUCGUAAUAAACAUAAUUCGUAAUACAUCGAC